AUGCAUCUACAUCAUUGGUUUAUCCUACUAGUCAGCCUCGUAACAACCACAAUAUCAGCAUCAGCUUCCAAAUCUGCCUCACACCUGAACCCACAUAUACUUCCCAAAGCUCAAUUUCAUGCAUUUGACUCACCUGAAUUUUGUUCCCAAAUCAUUACAUCCUCAUGUAACACGACUUUUGCCUACCUUGACGAACUCAACAACCAAAUCAGAUCACUGGUCACUGAACUAGUCAAGACCCCUUAUUUCAGGUAUUUCAAAGUUGAUUUGGACAAGCAGUGUAAAUUUUGGAAUGCUCAGCAUUUUUGCGCAACUGAAAAUUGUGCUGUUGAAGUGAUUGAUGACUUCAACUGGAGUCGAGUGACUAAUGAAAAUUUGAAACCUUCAAAAUUGGGCAAAAUCAAGCUAGCCCAAGCAUCUGCAGGAGGUGAACAGGAAACCGAUUCGAGCUCUAUCGACAACACAAUCGAAACUGAACCCAUCGAGCAAUGCGAGGAUUUGGACUACUCGUAUUUCGACGAUGAACACGAACACAACUGCGUUUAUGUCAAUUUAUUACAAAAUCCAGAACGAUUCACUGGUUAUGGAGGAAAUCAAAGUUUCGAUGUUUGGAAAGCCAUUUAUCUGGAAAACUGUUUCCCCAACACGAAUCCAAUGUCGAUGAAACCAAAUGAACCAAAGGAGAAAUGUGUUGAAAAGAACUUGUUCUAUCGUUUAGUGAGUGGGAUGCAUGCAUCCAUUGCUGUUCAUUUAUCCAAUGAGUACUUGGAUUCCGAAACUGGUCAGUUCUACCCCAAUUUACAAGUAUUUAUGCAAAGAGUUGGGCUUUUCAAUGACAGAUUGGCUAACAUUUACUUCAACUAUGCACUUGUUGCUCAAUCCUUGGUGAAAUUGGAACUGAUUUUGCCAUUGAGACAAUUUAUCCAACUGGGAUACGACGACAUCACACCAACUCAAAAACAGCACUUGUUGGAAAAUAAUGACUUGUUUGAAAAUACUGAGGUGUAUGACGAAUUGUUGUUGCAGGAUAUUAUACCUGCUUUGGGGUCAAACACAUUGUUCAACACGUCCACUUUGUUUGAUCCUUCUAAAGACCCCAAUUUGAAGAAUGAGUUUAGAAGUAGGUUCAAAAACAUUUCUGCAAUUAUGGAUUGUGUUGGAUGUGAUAGGUGUAGAAUGUGGGGCAAGAUACAAACAAUUGGGUAUGGAACAGCUAUGAAGAUCUUGUUUGAAGACCACGAUGAUGUGGCGAAUGUCAACAACAUAAAUGGCAAACCAAGUUUGAAAUUCAGAAGAAUUGAAAUUGUUGCAUUGAUCAACACUUUUGAUCGGUUAUCGAAAUCCAUUGCCGUAAUCAACAAUUUCAAGCAAAUGUAUAUCCAACAUUUACAGGAUGUUGCUGAAGGUAAAGCACAACCGGGUCAAUUCAAUUCUAAUCAGGAGGGUUCAUUAGGACAAGGAUUCCAUUUCCCAUUCGUCAAUCAACUUCCAAAACAAGUACAACAGAAAUCAAGUCAAAGUGAAAGUCAGAACCAACAGCAACAACAACAACAAACAGCAGCAGCAACAGCAUCUUCAUUGCAUCACAAGUCGUCCUCUUCCCAACAAGACCAAAGGAAAUCGAUAUUUGAAACUUACCAAAUCCCAACCAAGAACCGUACACUCAAUCAAGAAUUGAAGUUGGCAUUUUUGGAGGUUUGGGAAGCUUUGAAGUUCGUCUUAGGAAGCUACAAACAGUUCCCCUUGAUUGUUGGUAGGAUAUCGUUGAGUGCUUUGAAUGAUUGGUGGAAUGACUUAAUUGGAAAACCAUCGUCAUCGCAUUACGAAGAGUAUAGAAGUCCUUUGAAUGUUGGGAAUUAG